AUGUCAGGUGUUUCAGAAUCAAAUGUUCCUUCCCAAUCAUCUCGAGGAACCAAAAGGAAAUGGGUUCCAGAAGAAUAUGCAUCACUGGUUUCUUGCAUGGUGGACUUGCACAAUGUUGGGACAUUUAACGACGUCUGGGGUUCAAAGCGGUUACUUAAGCGAGUUAGAAAAAUCGGUUUUGGUUGGGACGACCAUAGGCAGGUCAUUGUUGCUGAAGAUGUGGUUUGGGACUCUUAUUUAAAGAGUCAUAAAGAAGCCGGUCAGUUCAGAGAUCGUAGUUUCCCUUACUACGACCAACUUACUGCCAUAUACGCAAAAGAUCGAACGACUGGGAAAGACGCUCAAACAGCCGCUGACGUUCUUGAAGAAAUAAAUGCUGAGGAUGUACCUUCUGCAGAUAUUAAUGAAGACAGAAAUGAAUACUAUGAUUGCGAUGCUAAUGUCUCUUUGGAUGACAUGGAUGUUUCUGCCACGGAGCCGCAAACAAACAAAAACCAAGGGGUUAAUGAUGCUUCCACUUUAUUGGCUGAAAACAUGCGGGCCAUUGGCGAACAAAUCAGUAGGAGUAUUGCCUCCAAUGUGGUAGUUCACCAAAGGUCAGAAGAAUACCAGAGCAUCCAAGAAAAAGCGUCAAAUUUAUAUCCAACCUUAUGCGAAAUAGAAGGUUUAACUGUGGAUGAACGGUUUCGAGCAUUGAGUAAGAUUCCAAAUCAUCCAACUCAAAUGCACGUUUUCUUUAGUUUACCUUCUGAUGUACGGUUGGAAUGGGUUAGAAGAUUUCUUCCUGACCAUUAA